UGCAGCCGCGUUGCCAUGGCAACGGAGCGCGCCGCUCCGGUGACGCGAAGACUCCCGUCACGUGACGAGGGCGAGCUCUUAAAGGGCCCGCGCCCAGAGAAGAUGCUGGCGGCGGCGCUGCCGCGGGCUCUGUGCCGCUCGGCCUGGCGCUGCCCUGCGGGGCUCGCGCGACCCCGGCCCGUCUGGCACGGCAGGGCCCGGCAGGAGCGGGGCGGCAAUGGCGGCGGCGCGGGGUUCGCCAGGUGGCGGUGGGCUCCGCCGGGCGGGGCUGCGCUGGCCUUCCUUGGAGCUUUCUCCGUCUUUCCCAGGGACGACGGCGAGGAGGACGGCGAGGACGCCAUUAUCCUCCUACUGAAGAAGGCCAAGCUCAGCUCCAUGAAGGGCGAACUGGAUGAGGCCGAUCGACUGCUGCAUCGAGCGCUGCGCCUGGCGCAGCAGGCCGACAACAGGAGGGCCAUCAUCUACACGUACAGCACGAUGGCAAACGUGGCCUUCAUGCAGGGACAGCUGGACAACGCAGAAAAGCUCUACAAAGCAACGAUGAGCUACUUGCUUGCAGGAGACAUGAAGGAGGAUGACAAUGCAAUCCUUGAGAUGUCCCUCAAGCUGGCCAGUAUCUAUGCUGCUCAGAAACAGCACAAAUUAGCCCUGGCUGGCUAUGAGUUCUGCAUCCUGACCUUAGAGGAGAAGAUUGCCAAGCAAAAGGACUUGCCUGAGGAUGUCUUGCCAGCUGAAGAAAAAGCCAACACUCGUCUCUUGCUGGGGAUGAGCCUGGACUCCUACGCUCGCUAUCUGCUAGACAUUAACCAGCUCUCAGUGGCCCAAAAAAUGUACGAGAAGGCUCUGCAGAUAUCAAGUGAAGUUCAGGGAGAGACUCAUCCACAGACUGUGGUGCUCAUGAAUGACUUAGCAACUGUGCUGGAUGCUCAAGGGCACUAUGAUGAGGCAUACUCUCAUGUGAAGAGGGCAGCUGAGCUGGCAAAGGAGACACAACACCCUGAGGAGCACAUGGUGCUGAAUAACAUGGCAGCAAUUCUGAUGCACAAAAAAGACUUUCUGCAAGCAAAACAAGUGUAUAAAGCAGCUCUGAAACAGGCAGAACAGAAGGGAGAUGCUGAUUCUGUCCGGCACAUCCAGGAAGAAUUAGCUGAACUGGCCAAGAGGAGAAAAGGCUCUCAGUGAGUUUGGCCAAAGAGUCCAACAGCAGCAAUGGUGGGUGAAUACAGGCAGCCUGGGACUAGUUUGGUACAAUUCUCCAGAGGAGCAGCAACUGGGAACUUAAGGAGAGCUUAAUAAGAAGGGCUGUUAUUGCCUAACUGUUAAGCCCAAAAUAAAGUUCUGAAAUCUUAAUAGUA